GCAUGUUGCGUAUCCCUAAACCAUCUGUGUAUGCUUGGAGACGAAGGGUGAGGUGGUAUAACGACGAUGCAACUUUUGGGCAUCGAGUGCCGGCGAGGUAUACCUUACCUGAUUACACUCAAACUGAGCUGGAUAAUCGUAAUACCAAUGCCUCGCUUCUACGUUAUGUUGAAAAUGUACGUCGACAUGGACACCGAGCCGCGAAGAUUGAUCCCCUUGAUUUGAUGGAUCGAGACCCAGUUGGUGCUUUGAGCGCUGAACGUUAUGGUCUUUCAUCUACCACAUCGUAUCCCCUCCAAGGGAUCCUUCAUCUCUCCUCGCCAUCUUUCGACGAGACAAACACCCCCAGGACAGAAAUCGGUGAAGGUAGCAAUCGUUCUGCUUCUCUGGAUGAAAUAUCGGGACAUUUGAUGAAGACUUAUGUGGGACAUAUAGGGUAUGAGUACAUGCAUUGUCCUGAUAAGAAUGAGAGAUUAUGGUUCUCCCACCAUGUAGAGACAGGCACAAGCUCCUUUGAAUGCCCUUUCAGUGACGAGCGAAGACGACGGAUAUGGCGUCUUCUAUCCAGGAGCGAGGAGCUCGACCAUUUUCUGGCCAAGAAGUUUCCUCACCUCAAACGCUACGGGUGUGAGGGUGCCGAGAGUAUGCUACCGGCGCUGGACACCUUGUUUGAACUCGGUGCUGGAGCUGGUAUAAAGUCCAUCAUCGUUGCUUUGCCUCACAGAGGUCGCUUAUCUCUUCUUUGUAAUCCGGACUUACUGAGAUAUCCACCCAGUGCACUCUUUGCCAAAAUCAAAGGUCAGCCAGAAUUCGACCCUUCUACUGCACCAGGCGCAACAGGCGAUGUUAUCUCACACCUUGCCGCUAUACGAAAGAUCGAUUACUCCGAUCGUUCGGUGGAAGUGGAAGUGUUACAAAACCCCAGUCAUCUAGAGGCUGUCAAUCCUGUGGCUUUGGGAGUGACUAGAGCAAAGCAAAUGUCUUUACUGAAAUCAUCUCCUCGUGAUUGUCGAUUAGGGGAUCGUGUCAUGUGUGUUCAACUUCAUGGAGAUGCUGCUUUCGCCGGUCAGGGAGUUGUCGGGGAGUCGCUUGGUUUAUCCGGUCUUCCACACUACGGCAGCGGAGGGACAGUCCAUGUCAUUGUCAAUAAUAACAUCGGAUAUACAACCCCGGCGUCAUUUGCCAGGUCCAGCGUGUAUUCUUCGGACAUUGGCAAGAUGAUAGGUUGCCCCAUAUUGCAUGUCAAUGGAGAUCAUCCUGAAGCGGUGGUACAAGCUAUGGGCGUCGCCUUUCAGUAUCGUCAAAUGUUCCGUAAAGACAUUAUUGUUGAUCUUAUUUGUUAUCGCCGAUGGGGUCAUAACGAGCUCGACGAACCGGCUUAUACUCAGCCGAAGAUGUACGAGAAGAUCAGGAAUAGAAAAAGUGUUCCAGAACUAUACGAAGAUCAGAUCAUCGCGGGCGGAUUUUUGGAUAAGGCGGAAGCAACAGAGUCACGAAAGACAUACAGCGUAGAACUGGCUCGGCACCUGGAGCUCGUGGAUGAUUAUCGGCCAAAAUCAGAGAUGCUUGAUGGGAAGUGGAAAGAUUUUGUCUGGCCAGCUCUCAACGGCGUGGAACAUGAUCCCGUCACCGGUGUUGAUAAGGAAGUCUUGGAGGAGGUAGGCAGAAAAAGUGUCUCAUUACCAGAAGGAUUCAAUGUACAUCCCAGAUUACUGCGUCAUAUCUCUUCCAGACUCAAGUCAUUAGAACAUGGGAACAAAGUUGAUUUCGCCACUGCUGAAGCGAUGGCUUUUGGAACACUCAUGGAAGAGGGGUACGAUGUGCGAGUAUCUGGACAAGAUGUAGGAAGGGGUACAUUCUCCCAACGGCAUGCGAUGUUCGUCGAUCAAGUCACUGAACAAUGUAGUGUUCCAUUAAAUGAGAACAUCGACGCGGGUAAGGGUCGAUUGGAGCUUGCCAAUAGCUCUUUAAGUGAGAUGGCUGUGUUGGGGUUCGAAGUGGGUAUGUCAUGGGCCAGACCGAACCUACUGCCUAUUUGGGAGGCUCAGUUUGGUGACUUCAUGAAUGGAGCGCAGAGUAUGAUCGAUACGUUCGUUGUUGGAGCUCAAACAAAGUGGCUCAAACAAUCUGGAUUAGUUAUGAUGCUUCCGCAUGGAUAUGACGGUGCUGGUCCAGAGCAUUCUUCAUGUAAGAUUGAGCGGUUCUUACAGAUGUCUGACGAUAGUCCGACGACAGGACAAGCUGUCAAUGUGGGAGUGAUCAACCCUUCAACUCCAGCGCAGAUGUUCCAUGUCCUUCGAAGACAGAUGAAGCGACCUUAUCGACGACCGUUAAUUAUUGUUUCCCCGAAAGCUCUACUGAGAUCUCCAAUUGCCUCUUCAUCUCUCUCAGAUAUGUCUUCAAACACUUCCUUCCUCCCACUCAUUGAUCCCUCGACCAACUUAUCCGACGCCACUCGUCUUAUCCUCUGUUCAGGCAAACACGCUUAUACACUCUCUGAAGCAUUGUCCUCCCAUCCCGGACCAGUAGCAAUAGUAAGAAUCGAAGAACUCUCUCCUUUUCCUCGUAAAGAACUCGCAGAGGCGAUACGUAAAUACGCGAAAGCGACGGUUGUGUGGGCACAAGAAGAGCCGGAGAACCAAGGUGCGUGGACGUAUGUACGACCGAGGAUUGAGGAUGUUCUCGAAGAGGUUCGAGGUGUUAGAGAAAGGGUGAGGUAUGCAGGAAGGAAACCUUGCGCGACUACUGCGACGGGUGUUGGGGAAUGGCAUAAGCGUGAGAUGAAAGAGAUUUUGAGUGUUGCUUUGGAGUAGAAGUAGACAUGCUUCAUGACCCAGUCAUAAACUUGAUGAGCAGGUCAUGUCAGUAGCUAGAAGCUGAGCAAUUGAGGCUUAGUAUUGAUAAGAUAUGUUGUACUUAUGCAUAAUGUGAGGUAUGGGUAUGUUGUAUGUACGUGAUUUAUCUACUGUAUGUAUGUAAUCUACC